AUCUUGUCCCGGGAGAACCCCCGGCCCCCAGCCCUGGGAGCUCAGGCCCUGGGGAUGGGGAUGGAACCCAAGUGUCCCGACCCCCACCCCGCAAACCCGCUGACCUCCUAGAGCACGUCCUCUUCUCUCGUGUCCUGCCAGGCAGACGCUGUCCCCAUGGCUUUGAGGCUUGCCCCCGGGAGGCUCCUGCAGUGCUGGCCUGGGGCAACACACGUGGCUGCCCGGGCACAGGGCACGGCACCAGCACGCAGGGAGACGGAAGCAAAAAAGAUCCCCAAAGCCCAGUUUGAGUGGCGGGAUGCCCUGCAGCUGGAGCGGCUUCUGACACCAGAGGAGGCCAUGAUCCGGGACUCCUUCCGCACCUACUGCCAAGAGAAGUUGAUGCCACGGAUUCUCAUGGCUAACCGGAAUGAAGUCUUCCACCAGGAGAUUGUGUCAGAGAUGGGGCAGCUGGGUGUCCUGGGCCCCACCAUCAGAGGCUACAGCUGCGCAGGGACCACGUACGUGGCAUAUGGGCUGUUGGCACGAGAGAUCGAGCGUGUGGACAGCAGCUACCGGUCGGUCAUGAGCGUCCAGUCCUCGCUGGUCAUGCACCCCAUCCACACCUAUGGCACCGAGCAGCAGAAGCAGAGAUACCUGCCCCGGCUGGCCAGGGGGGAGCUACUAGGCUGCUUCGGGCUGACGGAGCCCAACCAUGGGAGCGACCCCGGGAGCAUGGAGACCAGAGCUCGCUACAACCCAGCCAGCAAGACCUACACCCUCAAUGGCUCCAAGACCUGGAUUACGAACGCGCCCGUGGCCGACCUGUGUGUGGUCUGGGCUGUGUGCGAGGAUGGGAAAAUCCGGGGUUUCCUGCUGGAGCGGGGCAUGAAGGGGCUUUCAACGCCUAAGAUUGAGGGCAAGUUCUCCCUGCGGGCUUCCAUCACUGGGAUGAUCCUCAUGGAAGAUGUGGAUGUGCCAGAGGAGAACCUGCUGCCCAACAUCUCCGGCCUGGCUGGUCCUUUCGGCUGCCUGAACAACGCCCGGUAUGGCAUCGCGUGGGGAGCACUGGGUGCUGCUGAGUUCUGCCUGGAGACAGCUCGGCAGUAUGCUCUUGACAGGAUCCAGUUUGGGGUGCCACUAGCUCGGAACCAGCUAAUCCAGAAGAAGCUGGCUGACAUGCUCACAGAGAUCACCAUCGGCCUGCAAGCUUGCCUGCAGCUGGGGAGACUCAAGGAUGAAGACAAGGCCACGCCUGAGAUGAUCUCCAUGUUGAAGCGGAACUCCUGUGGCAAAGCUCUGGACAUCGCCCGCCAGGCCCGCGACAUGCUGGGCGGAAACGGCAUCGCUGAUGAGUACCAUGUCAUUCGGCACGUCAUGAACCUGGAGGCCGUCAACACAUACGAAGGCACCCAUGAUAUCCACGCUUUGAUUCUGGGAAGAGCGAUCACUGGGCUUCAGGCUUUCACUGUCAACAAAUAAAUCUGCUUUACUGGGACAGCCAGGAGAGGGCACAAA